AUUGAGUCGGGGUCGGGCUACAGGGAAGAGCUCGGUGACCCCUCGUAGUGUGUUGUGUCUAGCUGCAGGCUGGCGAUGCUCGAAUUUCUUGAAAGGCAUGAGGCUGAGCUGACAUGUUCCUCGUGUCGCAAAGCUCACUCCUGCUCCGUCGUGCGAGAAAAUGGCGACAAUUGACGGCGACGCAGAUCUCAGCGAGAAGGCAGACGAUGCCCAAAUAAUAGCUGCAGAUGAAAAUACUGAGACGGGGACGAUUGAAUCUCACAAAUUGGUGGUUCUGGCUGGCGAAGUGAGCGAAGAUGAAGCUCCAGAGAGCGCAUUUGAUUUAGUAGCUGUUCAUGGUCUUUUUGAAGACAGCCAAGAAACAUGGACACCCGCAGACGAGACGAAAACAUGGCUGGAAGCCAAUUUGUACGAAACAUAUACAAAUGCCCGCAUAAUGACUUUCGGUUACGAAACCGAUGAAUCAAAAGACGGAAUAUCUACACGGGGAAGUAUUAGGAAGAAGGCACUGCAGAUGUUGGAAGAACUUCUCGAACUCAGGAAAGAGUUGAAACCUAAUGUCUUCCGGCCCUUGAUAUUUGUUGCUCAUGAUAUUGGAGGGAUUAUAGUGAAAGAGGUCUGACUUCUGUCGAAAAGACGACCCUCGAUGGUGGAUCUUGCUAACACCGUCAACAGGCAAUUUGUAUCGCUGCUCAAGAUUAUG